GUAUCGUCCCUCCUCUGACUGCUCAGUGAAGGUGGAGAUGUUUUACUGGAAAAUCUAACAGCAAAAACAAGAACAAGAAUAUAUUGUCCAAACCUGCGCCGCUUUGUUUGGUAUAAGAUUGGUACUUCUAAACAAACACCUGGCUUCCAGUUGAUGUUUUUCCGGGAAGAGAAACAUCUGGAUUAUUGGUGGAGGAAAUAAACGCGAGGAGUUUUUUCUCAUUUAGUUCCUGUUUUUUUUCAGGAACAGGACGCGACCACCAUGAGUACGGCAAUGUAUAAUAAUUGUCAAAAUGGCAAUGAAAACGUCACAUUUCUAGGAAAGGACUCAAAGAUGCCAUCGAAGCAGAAGAGGACGGGGCUGGUGGUGGGGCUUGUGCUAGGGCUGCUGGUGCUGGCGGCUGUGGCUGGUUUUCUCAUAUGGUGGUUUGCUGUCAGACCCAAUCAGCUCCAGCAAGACUCGGUACCCAAAAUGGGAGCCCAGCGAAAUUUGGGAACGCUAGUCUUCAGCGGAGAGAUGACGCUGGUAGAUGCCACCUACAAGCCUGAGUACAACGAUCCCAAAAGCUUGGAGUUCCGAGAAACAGCUGAUGCACUGCAGGACAUUCUGAAUAAGACGAUCGCCAACGACAAUUUUCUCUUCAAGUACUACAAUAAGUCUGUCAUCUCUGCCUUCAGUGACGGAUUGAUCGCCUAUCACUGGAUACGUUUCGAUAUUCCUCCAGAGCAAUCGGAGCUGAUUCCCAAGCUGACAGCAGACCGGGUGCUGGAAACCCUUCGGCGAGGAGUCCGUCAGGAGGGCAAACGCAGCAUUCAGGCCUUCACCAUUAUCAAUAUCACCGCCUCAAUUACAGACCCCCGGAUGGCCAGGAACCCGAGAGACUCAGCAGAAUGUCUCUUUCGUUUGGAUGCUACUUCCACCAUCCAGAAAUUCCAGUCUCCUGGUUACCCAAACGAGCAUCCAGUCCAGACGCGCUGCCAGUGGCAAAUCCGUGCUCCUGAGGGCAGUGCCAUCAUGGUCAAGUUCCCUUAUUUCUACGUUCAGGACUCCUGCUCCACAGACUAUGUGUUCAUCUUUGACUCUCUCAGCACUGAUACAGCUCACGCCAUCACACAGAAUUGUGGUCACCGACCCCCAACCAACCCCCUGGAAGUUAUAUCCUCUGGCAACCUUAUGCUUAUUAACUUCAUCACUGAUAGUACGGUUCAGAGACCCGGAUUUGAUGCACGUUAUAAUGCCAUCUCCGCCAUUACAGCUGCGACGUGCGGAGGCGUUCUGAACAACCUGACCGGAAACUUCACCACCCCAUUCUAUCCGAGCUUCUACCCCCCCAUGGUGGACUGCACAUGGAACAUCAAUGUCCCAAUAGGUAUGAAAAUCCGGGUGAAGUUUACAAUGUUCCGCCUGAAGGAACCGGGCGUCAGCAUCCGCGUUUGCAACAAAGACUAUGUGCAGAUCAAUGGCACAAAGUACUGUGGCGAAAGAUCUGCUCUGACUCUGAACAGCAACUCCAACAACAUGGUAAUAACCUUCCAUUCGGACAGCUCAUACACAGACAAAGGCUUCAGCGCCCAGUACAAUGCAUACGACCCACAGAACCCUUGUCCGGGUCAGUUCAGCUGUGCCACAGGUUUCUGCAUCUCCAAAGAGUUGCAGUGUGAUGGCUGGAACGACUGCGGAGACAUGAGCGACGAGAAAAAGUGCAAAUGUGAGGAGGGCCACUUUGUAUGUGAUAAUGGAAUUUGCAAACCUAUGUACUGGGUGUGUGACCAAGUAAACGACUGUGGAGAUGGCAGCGAUGAACGACAAUGCAGCUGUCAGAAGAAUCAAUUCCGUUGCACUGAUGGCACUUGUUUGCCCAACACUGUAACUUGUAACGGGGCAAGAGACUGUGCAGACGGCAGCGACGAGGCCUCCUGUAAAGAGUCUGCGGGAAUGUGCACAGAUUUCAGCUUCAAAUGUGGAAAUGACCAGUGUGUGAACAAACUCAACGCUGAGUGUGAUAAAGUCACGGACUGCUUAGAUGGUUCUGAUGAGAAGGACUGUGACUGUGGUGAGCGACCAUAUAAACACAACAGGAUUGUCGGAGGGCAGAAUGCUGAUGUGGGGGAAUGGCCAUGGCAGGUCAGCCUGCACUUCCAGACCAGCGGGCAUGUCUGUGGUGCCUCCAUCAUUGCCAACAAAUGGCUGCUCAGUGCCUCUCACUGCUUUAUGUCUGAAGACCUUUCUUACCGUGAGCCAGGGAACUGGAUGACCUACAGUGGAAUGAACGAUCAGCAGAAGGAGGAGAAAUCUGUGCAGAUACGUGGGGUGAAGAAUAUCAUCACACACACAGACUACAACCAGAUGACAUACGAUAACGACAUUGCACUACUGGAACUUACAGAGCCACUCGUGUUCUCCAGCACUGUCCAUCCGGUGUGUCUUCCCUCCAAUUCACAUGUGUUCCCCCCUGGAAUGCCCUGCUGGGUGACUGGCUGGGGUGCACUCAGGGAGGGAGGAAAUACUGCGACACUUCUUCAGAAAGCAGAGGUGAAAAUCAUUAAUGACACAGUAUGUGAUACGGUGACGGAGGGUCAGGUGACCUCGCGCAUGUUGUGCAGCGGCUUCCUUUCUGGAGGUGUGGAUGCUUGUCAGGGUGACUCAGGCGGUCCUCUGGUUUGUCUCUCCGAAGCUAAUAUUUGGUUCCAGUGUGGGAUAGUGAGUUGGGGAGAAGGCUGUGCACGUCGCAACAAACCCGGUGUCUACACACGACUCACAAAGUUCCGUCAGUGGAUACGUAAACACGCUGGAGUGUAGCAACAUCAGCAGCUUCUGGAUGCUUUGUGUAUUAUACAUAAGUGUAUAAGUGUAAAAGUAUAAGGGUGUGUGUGUGUGUGUGUGUGUGUGUGUGUGUGUGUGUGUGUGGGUAAAGAUCUCAAAUAUUUACCAAAUGAUCCUUAUGGACGCUUCUAUUUUUAAUUUUAUGUUGUUUUUUUUAUAAAUAUAUACAUAUAUAUAUAUAUAUAUAUAUAUAUAUAUAUAUAUAUAUAUAUAUAUAUAUAUAUAUAUAUUGCUAAGCCUAAAGCUUGACCCAGCUCUAAAGUCUUGACUGUCAAUUUUUUUUUAUCAUUAUGAACUUAUAAAUAUAAAACUUUAAUAAUUAAAAAAUAUAUAAUAUAUUAAUGAAUAGUGGACACCAAUAGUUUUAAAUAAAAAAAAAAACAAUUGGAGGGAUUCCAAUCCAGACUCAAGACUGUUACAUUUGAGCAUUUAUUUUUCUUCUUCUUCUUAAAAAAAAAAAAAAAAAAAAAAGCAGCAUGUACAUCCUGUCCAAGAUCAGUUUGGAAUUUAUAAAAGUGUUUCUGAACUUCUUGUAUUUAUCAUCACUGGGGACAAAACGCUUCUAGAAAUUUCACCAGCUCUUCUGUGAAAACUGUUGCACUUUUUUUCUUUUUUUACUACUUUUAAACUGUGUGUUCUCAGGACUCUCAGCCAGUAGAAUACAGGAUUAGCCAAAAAAUGGGUCAUUUCACACAUCCUUUUGCCCAAACACUCAAGGCCAUGUUGGGUCAUCUGGCUCUCUGCAUGCUAACACCCUGACUAGCGAAGCCGGAGAUGCUCUGAAAACAAAGUGAACUUGCGAAUGAAUCUGCUUCUCCUACUGCACAAGGAUCGAGUACUUCAUCAGACUGUUUCACACUCUUUCCCAUCUUUUAAAUUGAUUGUUGAAACAACAUUUUGGAACAAUGUAAUACAACUGUUCAUAUUUGCAGCUCCUUUCAUGGUAAUUGAUGAACAUUUCCAUUUUAAGCUUUUAUGAUUAAAUAUAUGCAUUGCAGUUUUUUUUCUGUCUUUAAGUGUUAUAUAAAGUCCGUCUGUCCAAUAUAAUCCAGUAGUUUUUUACCCAAUGAAUUUUACAAAACGUAGAAAAUUCCAGAAUCCCUCAUUCAGUUAUAGUACUCGCUGAUGAGGCAAUAUAUUCUCUCUCUCUCUCUCUUUCUCUCUCUCUCUCUCUCUAUAUAUAUAUAUAUAUAUAUAUAUAUUUUUUUUUUUUUUUCUCCACAGUUUUAUAUUUAUAGUGUAAGAAAGUGUAAAGGAAUCCAUAGUUUUUUUUUUUGUUCCCUAGAUCCAUUUUACAUCACUACUACUAAUAAAAUAUAAUUAUGAUAUUAUGCAUCCCAUGUGGAUUAACACUACCAGGUGUUCGCAAUCUGCCUUUCAUACAGUCUUAUCACCUGAAGGCAUAUGAGACCAUUAUUUUAUAAGUUAUACUUACAGCAAUGUUUAAAUAAAAAGUAUAUGUAAGAGGUAAAA